UCUCAUCGCUCACAGCCACCUACAUCGAUCUCUUUAAUUUCUGACCAUGGCAGAAGCUAAAUGGGAAGGCAAGGCCAGUGUUGAAAUAGCAGGCUUAGCAGUAGAACAAGUAUGGCCUUGUCUUGAAGAUUAUUGCAACUUACAUAAGUGGUUUCCCUAUCUUGAUAAAUGUGAUCAAGUAGAGGGAGUUCCAGGAAAGCCUGGUUUAGUUCGCCAUGUUUCAUCAACUGCAAAAGCAUCACCUGAGUCUGAUGAGAUGAUCACCAGAUGGGCCAACGAGAAGCUACUGAUGAUCGAUGCCAACCAAAAGUGUUUUAGCUAUGAGGUCACUGAUAACAAUAUUGGAUUCAACAACUAUGUGGCCACAAUCAAAGUGUUUCCAAUCAAUGCUGAUGAUCAACAAAAAGGCUGCAUAGUCGAGUGGUCAUUUGUAACUGACCCAGUUCCAGGCUGGAAGUUUGAAAAUUUGCUUUCUAAUUUUAAUUAUUGUCUCCAAUACAUGGGGAAGAAAAUGGAGCAGACUUUUCUUUCAACCAUGGAACCCUGAAAAUUCUUCUAAUAAGGUUAACCUGGGGACAAAAGGUUAACACAGCACUGCUGGCUGCUCAUUAACUCAUGAAGUUCUUGAAAUUUAGAAAUCGUGAACUCUUAUUUAAGAAAAUUUGGGCAAUAUAUCUGUCACUACGAUAUUGUACCCUUUCCCUUUAAAAUAGAGUUCUAUUGAAUACGUUUUUAUGUAUUGAAAACAUUGUGUGAUGUUUUAUUA